AUCAGGAGGACGGAAGUACGUUCAGGCAACAUGGUAGAAAUGUGAUGUUGUUAGCACAUGAAAUUACUACACUUUAAAGGCUGACAGACAUCGCAUUGAAGGAGUCCGUUACACCAAAACGGAUUGAAAUAGUUUCACCUUAAAGAUCCGUUUAUCACACACACGCGGCUUUGAGUUUGUGGUCAACUAAUGUCUAAAAUCAACACCUGAAAUGUCCAAACCUGCACCGGUUCUCUCACUUCACCAAGCCCUGAGGAAAAGCUUCCAGAGUCUUGAGAACAAUCAGAAAGUAUGGACGACUGUGUUGGCCGAGUGCAGCCCUCUCAUGGUGUCUCUCGGGAACUUGGCGGAGCAGUUACGAGCGCUUUCCAAUGUCCAAAUCUCCAUCACACCGCUUAGAGACUUCCCUGACCUGGAGAAGCGGCUGCGUUUCAAGCUCUCGCAAGCUAUGGAUACAGUGCUUGGCAAACUCAAUGAGAAGAUGUGUUCUCUCCAGUCUGUCAGAGAUUCUAUCAGUAACCAGGUCUCUGCGGUCUUCCAGCUGUACGAGCAGAACGCAGACAGUCUGGAUCUGCUCACUGUCACCGAGCGCUCGGCCACCACCCCCUCAGUCUCCGACAUGCUGGAGUGGCUGCAGGAUGCUGAGCGUCACUAUCGACAACAAUUUCUGAGGAGGAAGACUCUGCUGCAGACUCUGAGACCAGAUGAUCUCUCUCUUUUGGAAUCUGCUCCCAAAAGAUGGAAAUCCUUGGAGUCUCCCAGUACAGAAGACCACAUCACAGAUAUACUUUGCAAAGUGUCCUUCUUUAUUGAGUGCCAAUGACGAGAGCAGAAGCAACAUGGAGGGACUCUGACCACCCUCUGAAUCAGACGGUUUCCCAAACAGGCUGGAAGACAAGAUUGGGAUUGUGAAACAAGUACUGAGACAACAUACAUGUAUACCUCAGAUAGACCGUAAUGGACUGGAUCAUAUAAAUGUACCUGGACAUGUUCUUGCAGGCUAAAAAGUUUUUUUUUCAGUGCACUGAUGUGUGUAACUUUUAAAAUUACAUGCACCAAUUUUUUUUUUUUUUACCGGCACCCAAUUUUUUCUUAGUGCACCACUGGGUGUAUUAACCUUCUUUCCCAACACGUCUGCCAUGGCACCUGCUGGAUCCAUAGAAAGAAAUCCAUUGUGGACUGCUGCAACAUUUUCUUUUUUUGUGACAGUUCAAGUGUGACAAUGUUUUAUAAUGUAAUUUGAGCUGACUUAACCUUUUAAUUUUCUCAAAACUGUACCGUAAAAUAACUAACUAUAAAAUAAAUACAAUUUAUACAUGGUCAUAGUCAGGGUCAUCCUGAAUAGGACUGCACUGAAAAUUUCAGCAAACCUCUGAAGGAAGAUUUAUUCAUUUAAUUUAUGAGAGUUUUAAAAUUGAAAGAAAUACAACAGUAGCUGGUUGACUGCAGUGUUUUAUAUGGUGCUGCUGUUGCACUGCAGCUCUUUCUUGUCUGUGUGUGCUGUCAGUGUCCUUUUUUUGCGUCACAGUAUUGUCAGUUGUAAAUUUGUUUUUCAUUGCAUGAGAAAAUGAACGUGUGGCAUGACAGCUUGUGAAAAGUGUCAGUUGCAAGAGUCUUACAGUAAGUGCCCUGUGCAACGUAUUUUCUGAAUCAUGGUAUGUGUACCAGUGCAUGUAGAGCUGAGAAUUACGUACACAGCUCACAUUUGACAUGCACUAAUGUCCAUAUGCACGUGGUGUUUUGAGCCCUGUCUCGGAUGAGAAGAGUGUGCACGGACCAGACUUUGUAUGGUUAUUAAAGA